GUGAUACAACACGGAAGUAGAUCUACUGUGAAGUACUGUUGUGCCUGAAAUAGGCGAAAGGAAAAGUUUCCUUAUAUGUUUAUGCACUUUAUGUAUCCACGAAGUGUCUCGGUGUCAACGCACCUUGUGUGUGUGUGUUAAAUAAUUGGUCGUAAAAUCGUGUUGAUACGUUGAUUGUAGCCUACUUUGGCAGUAUGUUGUUUACAGAACACAUUUUAUGACGGAGGGGACAGGACAGGACUGUGUGCAAGUCCAGACAGCCUCAACAACCGUGCGUUGGCAUUGCAGCACUGCGGACGGUUAUGCCAGCUCUAAAGAUGGCAGAAUCAGGAGACCAUCAGAGGCAAUUUCAGGCAGCUGUCGACGUCAUACAGAAUCUCCCCAAAAAUGGUUCUUACAGACCCUCGUAUGAGGUGAUGCUGCGGUUCUAUGGGUUCUACAAACAAGCUGUGGUUGGACCCUGCACAGUGUCAAGACCAGGGUUCUGGGACCCAGUGGGACGCUACAAAUGGGAUGCUUGGAACCGUCUAGGAGACAUGAGCAAUGAGACGGCCAUGGCUGCAUAUGUGGAUGAGAUGAAGAAAGUUGCACAAGAGGUGGUGGUGUAUUUGCAGGUUAUCGACACCAUGCCGAUGGAUGGGAAGACGGCAUCUUUUUUCCACUACUUCGAGCCGCUCUAUAAGGUUAUCCACGACAUGCCGCGACCGCCAGAGUCACUGCUUAGCGUUCGAGCUGGUCAGUUUGCCUGUGUUUUUAAAUAUGCAGUACAUCAACACAAAUCACUACUAGCCAUCCUGAAACACAAUACAACAAAAGACAUCAACGACAAUGACCAUACCUCAAACUCAGUCGAGUCUGAGGAGGGCAUUAGUCCCCCAGAUGCUCCAGCCACCACCCAGGACCCAGUAGAAGAGCUCUCCCCUGCGGUUGCACCAGAGCAGGGCCUGGCCGAGGAGAGGGCCCCGAGUUCCCAUCUGCCAGAGCCUGAGCCGGUGUCCUCGGAUGGUCUUGUGUUGACCAGUGACUCGGAGAGUGAGAUCUACUGCGACACGGUGGAGCAGCUGGACUCUGGCAAGAGUGUGUCCAUGCCAGACGGUCUUGACAAUAGGCUGGCUCACUGCGAACCUGAAGGUAACCAAGGGCACCACGUGGCAUCUGUCUCCCAGGUGACGGAGGUGGGCUCCGGGCAAGGCGGCGAGGGUGGAGGGGGGGGGCGCGGCCCCCCUUCAAGGAGAAGAGACUCAGGGAGAGACGCUGCCAGGCAUCCCGCCAGGGAACCCAUUGGUGGGGGUCCUGAGCGCGAUGCACAGCACGGGGGCCGUCUGCCGUUGGGUGUGGGAGGAGGGGGAGAGGAUGGCUCGGCCGGCUCCGACAGACUACAGGAAGUCCAGGUGCAGCAGCAGAUUAUGCUGGCGCUACGGCGGCUCAGAGAGGACAUGCAGAGCGUGAUGGAGCGCUUGGAAGUCGUGGAGGGCCUCGCUGCUGCCAAUGCUCAGAGCUCAGACUGGAGGACUCGGACACCGCUACCAGCUAAUGAAAUUGAGGUAAAUAAGAGCGACUGGUGGUGGCCAUUUGAUGUGUCCGGACACACACUGCUGCUCCUGCUGCUAUGGCCUUUCUUCGCUCAGGGACUUGUGUUCCUGCUGCAACGGAGGAAGAGAAAGCCGCACUUGCCUACAUGAGUCUGUCGACAGAAAGAUAGAAGAGAGCAAAUGUUUCAGCUUGCUUGUCAGUUGUUCAUUGAAAGAAAAUGUGUUGCAUAUCUUUGAAGAGUAAUAUUGUCUUGCCUCAGGUAAAAUCAAAUAAGUGUUUCACUGUGACUGUGGUUCUUUUUCAACUUCAAACAUGCGUGCAUAAGAAAUCAAUCUGGACCAUGGAAUGAACAAAGCAGACUUUUUUAAAAUUUUAUUUGAUUUCCUGGGCCUACUCAUUAUUUUAUGGAAUUGUGGUCAAUAUUUAACAAAUGCAAUACCUUGUUCCAGAGGUCAAACAUUCGACCAAGAAUGAUGAAGGUGUGUCUUUUAACUCUGGUCAUUAUAAGUUAAUUCAUGUCUUAGCUAAUUUACCACUUUGUAUUUUGUGUUUCUUCAGUAAAGCUAAUUGAAACAGCUGGUGAAAGUGUUGACAUUUGAAGUAAAAACCAUCUCCAGUUCUGUAGUGUUAGAUUAAGCUUUCAAAAGAGGCCAGACAGAAAAAAAUAAAUGUUUUCCACAAUUGCA